AUGUGGGACUUCCACUUCCUGACGCCCAGAGAUGGGGCCGCUUUAGGAGUACCCCGGGUUUGCUAUGAGCGAUGUGAUGCUGCCUUUCUGGAAUCUAAAUCUCUCCUACCUCGUGGAGAGUUAUGCGCGGCUGACGGCCCUUUCAUAUCCAAGUUCAACUUGUGCAAUAGCUGUAUCCAGACCGAGUCCAGCAAUGCUUGGGAAUAUGGUAAUGCUUAUCGACAAUACAUUGAACCCUCUUUCGGAGACAUAGUUCAACAAUGUAUCGGCGUGGGGACAACUGUUACGUUGUCCCUUGAUCUGCCCGUCACAACAACGGUGCAGGCCAUCGUCAGCAUUAUACCGCUACCAACAGGCACAGGAGAAGUUACUGGCACAGAAAAACUAACGGGCACCGAGGUAGCACCGGUGUUCACAACGGCACCAUACAUGCUGCCUAUUCCUGGCAUCCCAACAACUAGCGCCACCGGCACCUCGUCCAUCGAGACGUCUUGGUUGAUUACCUCCAUGGCCACAGAAACCAACACCUAUACUUUACUUACUGGUCAAACCACUACAGUCACUGAGCUCAUGAUCGCGACAGUCACACGUGCCGACUGGACUGGCUGGUCCAGCGGCAAUAGACCCGCUCGCGUAACAGGGGAGAGAAAAAUGAUAACGUCUAUACCGACAAACGUGCAGCUAGUCACCUCAACAGACAGCAAUGGAGUAGCAGCUGUAUCAAAAGGCCUCGGUACCAUAACAACAACCUCUCUUUCACCAACAGGAGCUAGCGUCUCCGGCUCAAAGAGUGUUGCUGGCUGGGUCUGGGCCGUCAUGGCUGUUGCGAUCGCAAUCGUUGUUGGAACACUGGUCGCUUCUUUUGUGCUUGUCAAGAGAAAGAGAUCCAAGAGAGCAAAGCAUCAGCGGUCCAGCUCUGGCAGCACACCAGAAUUGCCCGGCACCACCGGGACGGGAAGCGGAACGGAACUAGACAGUGAAAUAAGCUCGGCCGAGUUACAUACCGAUAAGAUACUACCAACGGAACUCGAUUCGAAAGUGGCACCAGUGGAAAUGGAUACAGAAAUCAGAUUCGAGCUACCAACAGACUACAACAAGGAAAGGGAAAUUUCGGAGGAGGCUAUGACACCGCUCAGCACAUGCACCGACACCCCGCGAAUCCCAGUGUCGCCCCUAGAGGAACAAAACCUAGACCAACAAAUCCCAGACGAACAAAAAGUCCUGGUCACGCCUGGACUCAACUUGCGAAACAAAGAAACCCCGCAGACCCAGCCCAAGCCUUAA